GUCCUUUGUCAGAUGUAAUAGAUAGGUAGUACAUAAUUGUAAAAUACAAAAUUCUAAAAUAAUUACAAAAAGGCCUAUUCCAAAUGUUUCGUUCCUUAUCCGCGCUGAUGUUCAAUACUUCCCAAAUAGAGGCAAAUCUCUUUGGCAUGGCCGACGAUGUGUACAAUACCAUUGAGAUCUUCAAGGAGGCUGCCAGAUUCGAGGCCAAAUUUGGAAGACCCUAUAGAAUGAUAUCGAGCUUUAUAGACUGCUUGGUCUUCAUGGUGGUGGCUCUAAUGGUGGUCGGUUUCAUCAUGCACGAUCGCAUUGUGCUGUUCAGAAAGCUGGCUAGGAUCAAUCAGAACAAUAACCAAGACGUGAUGGUAAAAGCAAAAAGGAUUCGGAAGCCCGAAAAAGCUGCUUCUCUCCCAGAAAAUGAUACCGAUAAUGUCGUGGAUCAAGCUGAAGAAGACGAUAUCAGCAUAGCAAAUUCGGGAAAUGCAAUAGACGAAGAUGCCGCAACCCUUCAACCCAUUGACGAUGAAAAAAAAGCAAUGGCAAUGGUCGGUACUCCCAAGUGGGCCAUUAAAUGGCUUUCCACAAUAAGAAACAAAAGUUUCGGAUCUAUUUACGAUGGGUGGUUCCGGUAGAUUGAAUCUACUUUGACUGAAUCGUCAAUGAAAAUCUGUCCAGUCAUUUUCUGAGUUCCCUGACAUGCGGAUACUUGAGGUUUUGCGGUUAAAUAUUUAAUGUGGUAAUUAGGCAGACUCCAGUACCAUAAAUUGCCUUAUUAUACUCGAUACAAAUAUGAACAUUCACAUACGUUUAAAAAAUAAACAUGACUCAUUCAAUUA